UUCAAACCGAGUUGAUAUUUAACAUUUUCCUUUAAAAUUCAACAUGACCAAAAAAAAAAUAUCGAAGAAAGGUAAAUCAGCUUUGAAUGAAGUUGUGACUAGAGAAUAUACAAUCAAUUUACAUAAAAGGAUUCACGGAGUAGGUUGGAAAUACCGUGCUCCAAGAGCUAUUAAAGAAAUAAGAAAAUUUGCAAAAUGUCAAAUGGGUACUGAAGAUGUUAGGAUUGAUGUUAAAUUAAAUCGGCAAAUUUGGUCUAGGGGAAUAAGGAGCGUUCCAUUUCGUGUUAGAGUACGAUUAGCUAGGAAAAGAAAUGAAGAUGAGGAUAGUGCUAAUAAAUUGUAUACCUUAGUAACAUUUGUACCAGUUACUAGCUUUAAAACUUUACAGACACUCAAUGUAGAUAAUGAAUAAUGAGAUUUAUAUGUUAACAUAAUAUUUAUUAUAUUUUAUAAUAAAUAAAUUAUAUUAUAAUUGACUUCACAAUGUAGAUUACAUUUAAAUUAUAGCAAACUCAUUUAUUUGAACUAGUAA